ACUACUGUUUGAAGACUGUUGACUGAUGAGUCGCUAGCUGGUUACAGUUAGUUAACGUUAACUACUACAGGUCAUUAUGAUGUCCUGACACAUGUUUGAGUCAUAUUACAUUAUUAUUAACCCGAUACAAACAUGUCUGACACGCUUAAAAACGAAGAUGAUUUGGGAGCAGUUUUACUGGAGCUUCAAGAGGAUUUGAGACAACUCAAAUGUAGUCUUGAGAGCAUCACUGUCAACGAAGGGGGAAAAGUACUGGACAUUCAAGCCCUGGACGCUGCCAUUGGCAAGACAGAGAGUUGCAUCAGGAAGCAUACAGAGGAUUACCUGAAAACUGUGUCUAAGCAGCUGCUGGUUCUUCCAAGAAUUGAAGACCUACAAGAAAAGAAGCAGAUUCCCAAAUGGAAACCUGCUCUGGGGAAUAUCCCAGAUGUGCGUCCACAAAGGGAAAACCUUCCAGGGGCUUCACCUGGGGAAAAGCACAAGUCAGCAUUAACCAGGCGUUUGCUGUGUAAUCCUGCUCAUCCAAACAACAGAGUCAUUAUGCACCAGAAAUUUGGGAUAUCACUCCCUGAUGUCCACAAGAGGAGCACAAAUACAGAAAAACAUCACAGAAUAAUCACUGGCCUAAGUCUUCCAACCAUUGAACCAAAGGGCCGCCAUGGCCUGGCAACAUCUGAAGAAGACAUUGGGACAGAUACAAGUUUGCUUCAUAUGUCGAUCCAGCAUAAGACGGCCUCUCUUCACCCCAGAGAGGAUUCAUAUUCUUCUAAGAAAGGCUCAAAGUCCAGGUGCCACAAGAUGCUGAAAUGGGAAACAGAACCUGGAUCCACCUGCGAAAGAAUAGGCAGAGAAUGCACACCCGUCUGGACCACCAAGACACCGCCUCCCUCCACAUCCUCCAAGAGCAUGGCCCACAGCGACGGUUUUAUCCCUAAAAGCCGUCAGGAUCUACCUGUGCAAGUUCGAGUAAACAUCAGCAAAUACCCCUUUACCAUCAUAAAGGGACACAUCAACCCAGUGGCGACAGAUUUCUGUCACUUCAAGCAGAGCUUUAUCUUGUGCUGGAGCAGUGUGGUCGAUGCUCUGGAGGCCCUAGAAAAGCUGCUCAGAGACUAUGCUGUGCCUCUAGCCAAAGUGAGCGGGGAGCGACUAGUGGAGUUUGGCCAUGGUUGGGAUAAUGGUUGGAGAAAGGCUUCCCCAGUGACCAGCCUCCUCUGCGUGCUUGAAAACUGGGAGGAGGUGUUGAGUCUGGUCUUACGCCCAGGUCAGCGCUACAAGGGAGAGGGAGGCACUGAGGCGGCUGCCAUCCACAUCCAGUCCUGCUGGAGGCGCCACUCAGCCCGGACAGCCUACCUGUGCCACUGCCGCUGCAAGUGGGCGGUAGGCAUCAUCGCUAUCUCAUGGUUGAUGCACGCUCAGAUGCGUCGUGUCAAGAAGGCCCUGCAGGCCCGGCGUUUCAGACAACUGGAGAAUUACCGCAGCAGAGCCCAGCAUCUGGCAGCCAACUGGAAACACAUCCAGUCCUCCAAGAGGACCAUUAUCCACAUCCCUUCAUUAGGAUACUCCCGGAGCCAGCGAAUGAACUUGAGGCGAUUUGACGUCCUACAGAACAUCCAAAUAAGCAGACUGUGUGAUAUUAGAGAUGAAAAAGUGGAGGUGAUCUACGUGUGUCCGCGACAUCUGGGGGACGACAUUUUGCACUAUUACACCAGCCUCCUGAAGUGUGAUGGAGCCACAGUCGAGGAUGAUACCGUGACAUCCUCCUCGGUCAGACGCUUCAUCAUCCUCACACCUGAGGCUGUAGAUUAUUUCCCGACCCAUAAUAUGUGCCUGUCCACGCUGCUAAAGUACAGUCCACGCACCCUGAAGCGCAUCAGGAGCCUGAUCCAGGGGAAGCAGGCCUAUAUUGUGGGUGGAGUGGCCCACAUGGAUGACCUGGCAGUGGCUGAUGAGCUGGGAGUGCCAAUCCUGGCUCCAGAACCGGCUGUUGCACAGCUCUACGGCACCAAGUCUGGAGGGAGGAGGAUCUUCGCCGUGGCGGAGGUCGAUGUACCCCCCUGUCAAGGAGACAUCUACUCGCUAAACCAGCUCCAUGAAACACUGGCUAGGCUCUUAGCUCAAAACAUGGAUGUGCAGCGCUGGCUCUUCAAGGUGGAUUCUGAGCACGGCGGCCGUGGCACAGCAUACUGUGAUGUACACCACCUUAAAAGCUAUAACUGGGCCCUACAGGAAUGCCGUCGUUACGGUCCUGAGCUAUGGAGCACAGAGUGGAUUCAGGAGUCUGUGCUGCUUAAAUAUUUAGAUGAAAUCCCACAGUGGCUCGCUCGUUACGCCCAGCCUGCUAAAACCUCCCGCUAUCCCAACUGGGCCUGCUUCCUGAAGACCUUCCUCAGGCAAGGCGGUGUGGUGGAGGCCUACCCCCCUUCAGACAGCGUCACCUGUCUGACAGUAGAUCUGCUGCUGGAGCCCGGGGGUGAGGUGACCAUGCUGUCCUGUGGAGACCAGCUUCAUAGCUCCUGUCAGCUGGAAGCUAUCGGCUCUACUGUUCCUCAGACCUCUGUACACCCGGAGACCUUGCAAUCCAUUUGCAUGCGUGUGGGCCAGGCCUGUCUACAACGCCUUAUUGUAGGCUACGUCUCCGUGGACCUGGCCACCUUUCUGAACCGCAACACCAUGGAGCAAAAGGUGUGGGCUAUUGAUCUGGACCUCGCGUACAGUGACCAGCUGGCCAUGACCCAGAUGCUUCUGAUGAUGACUGGAGGAACGCUGAAUUGCCGCACAGGCUGUUUAGAAGUGCCAAUGCCACUCCGAGAAAAAUGCUGUGAACACCAGAUUGCAGCCAAACCUCCUGUGGUGAAUCGUUAUGCAGUUAUCGGGAGCCACUUGUUUCACUCUAACCUCUCCAUGUUAUACCAUAAUGUGUUCUUUAUGGUGUGCAAGGCUCAUGGUAUAGGAUUUAACAUGAAGAACCGUCUCAGAGGAUCUCCAGGGAGCUCUGGUGACCUUUGCUCAGAAUCUGUCAGUCAUUCAUCAGGAAAUAUCGCCCUCUAA